GAGGACGACGAGGAAAAUCCGCCUGGAUCUUCCGAUUCUAAACACAAGAGAAAACACAAACAUUCUCCUGAUAUGGUGCGUAAGAAAAAGAAAACGGAAGCGCUGAAAUCAGGCGGUCCACCGGAGAAUCUCCUUCCGGAAAACACCUCGGCAAUUCCUGCUGAUGGGGCAUGCGGCAAUGACGUCAAUGUUCAAUCAGCUCCUAUAGAUGGGGAUGGCGAUUCAACAGAUUCAGAGUGUUCAAUGGACCGGCCGACUCUCCUGGAACAAUUAAAGACCAUACUUGAUAGCUACCAAGACGCUCAAAUCAUUCGGGAACUAGUUCAAAACGCAGAUGACGCCAAUGCCUCGGAGAUGAAGAUUGUUUAUGUGAAUGGUGACGCCGAGACAUCACAAGGAAAAAACUGUUAUUCGGAUUAUUUCAGGGCGCCUGCGCUGUGUGUCUAUAACAACGGGCUGUUCAGUAAACAGGACUGGAAAUACAUCAAAAGCAUCUAUAACAGUGGCAAGCGAGAAGACACUCUCAAAGUGGGCAGAUUUGGUCUGGGAUUCAAGUCGGUCUUCCACAUUACAGAUAAUCCAGUGAUUAUUAGUAAUGACCGAGCAAUGAUCAUCGAUCCUUUCCGGACACAAAGAGGACAUGGUAACGAUUGCCAGGUUUUGACCUUUAAGAAACUUCGGAAAUCUUUAAAACCACAUUACAAACAGGCUAUCGAAGCGAUUAAAUCUGUUUAUGGACAUUUUGGAUUUACAAACAAAUCUCUGGAGGAGAAUUACUCUGGCAGUAUUUUUUGGUUUUCCUUGCGCCGCUAUCCCUCAGAGUUGUCGACAAGAGUAUUUGACCAUAGUGAUGUCACAGAGCUGAUAGUCAGUUUCAAGAAAGAGGCCGCUACUUUGCCACUUUUUCUUAAGAACAUCGGUCUUGUUUCGUUUUCUGACCAAGAAAAGAAAUCCGCAUCAUUCUCAGUAAAAUGCCAUGUGUUAGAAAAAGAGGAAAAGAAAUCAUUUAACAGGAAAUUGAAGGCAUGUAACGGUGUAAGUCCCAAUGACAGUAUGAAAGCAAUAUUUCGUGUCGACAUAUCUCUUAAAGACGGUCAACAUGUAAGUAAACAACACUGGGUUGUUUGUAAUUAUAUAAAAGGCCGCAGCGAUCUUUCUGUAGAGCUCCGAGAAUUGGCCGAGGACAAACAACUGUCGUAUAGCCCUUUCGUAGGACUUGCAACACCAGUCGACUACACUACGGAUAUACCAUUUCAUGGUCAAGUGUUUUGUUUUCUUCCUCUCCCAAAUACGAGUGAAAAUCAAACGGGGCUGCCUCUGCAUGUCAAUGGGUUUUUUGCCCUCAGUCAAGACAGACAUCACGUAAAAUGGCCACCAGAUGACCAAACUGAACGAAUGGACCCGCCUCAGAAAUGGAACCGCUUACUAUGUGAAGAAGUACUUGUAGAUGCGUACGUCGAUACGGUGGAAUACGUCAAGAGCCUCACUGUUAAAGACAAUUGUACGGAAUGCGAUACCAACAUUGUAUAUAGCAUACUUCCAACACAGAAAAACAUUCGACCAAAUUGGGAUGCGGUUUUUAAUCCCUUGUGCAGACGCCUCAAGGACAAGAACAUUUUUUAUACCAAUAAUGGCGACAAAUGGAUAAAAGCAGAAGACGCAAUCUUUUCAAUGUUACAAUGUAUUGAAGACGAACUUGAACCAAGCACCAUCCGACAGACAGAGCAGUGUAUAUUUGAUCUUUUACUCAAGUACCAACGUAAUGUUGUGAAGGUUCCGUCUCACGUGGCGGAAAUGUUUCCUGAUGUGCCUAGAAUCACACCAAAGUAUUUGAGAAAUGUUCUAAGAGAAAGUAAUAUCUACGGUAGACUUCCAGUCAAAGAACAAAUUUUUCUGUUACAAUUCAUUCUCGCAGAUCGACAGUAUGAUGACCUUCAGAACCUCAUGUUGCUUCCUCUCGAGGACGGUACCUUCAGAUCAUUUGACGCUGAACAGCCUGUGUACCGUUGUACGGCAAGUGAGAUGAAGAUGUUUCCUGGGACUGAAAGGAACUUCAUCAAAUCAGACUUACCGCAACAAAUAGCUGAUCAUCUGAAAGAAAUCCAGAAUUCAGGUUUCUGCAACCUGAGGACUCUGAACGCAGACGGAUUUCCUACCUUACUUAACGAGACAUUGACUGCAAAUGGAAAUAUUGGAGCCAACGGAUGCUUUAGUUCUACCACCCGCCACAUUACAAUGAAAUGGCUCGACCACGUCUGGAGCUAUAUCGGUCAGAAAAAUUAUGAAGUCCUGGAAACUUUUGAAAAGUUGAAUUUGGUUCCUGUAGAGGGUAACUCUAUUUCAAGUGAAGGAUUGAAACUCAUGCCGUUAAAGGGGUUGUAUUUGGUGACAGAUAUCGAUGGAAUGGCUUCGCUUGAUCAAAACCUGUGUAACGCUUUAGAAAGGCUACCAAUUACUGUCAUCAGACAUAUUGCCAAAGGUGAAACACUUACGUAUCUAAUGGGUACCUAUUGCAAGUAUCCAAAUCUCGAAGGACUGCUUGAACUUUUAGAAAGUCUGUGUAAAGUCUGUAUAAGACAAGAGUUACUCGAGGAAAUGACACGACGGUUCAAUGACCAAUGCAAUUCCGAAGAAAAAACAGCUUUGCUGAACUUUCUUGCAAAAGAUUGUCAACAUUCUAAUUCAAAUGCUGAUAGAUUUAUCAGAGAAUUGGCUAUAUUUCCAGAAACAACAAACGAAAACACCGUUUUAGAGUAUACAUCUGUAGCAAAGAACGGACACAUAGCGUGUGAAAACAGCAUCCCAGUUAAAUAUCAUUUACCUCACUUGCACUUGGAUAACAUACAGAGGAUGCUUGCUGAACGACUAGGAGCAAAGGAAAUUUCAGAGACGAAGCUAGUUGAAAAUAUCCUUCAAGCCAUGACCAACACUCCUGAAAUCUAUGAAAGAUCAAGCAUUGAAACUUUCAUGAUGUAUGUACUUAGGUUCUGUACAAGGCUGUCCUCAAGUGAAGAUUUGAAUGAUAUCAUCUUUUUAGGUUCGGGGAUCAAAUUCAUUGCAACUUCGUCUUCAUCGAGCACAACAGAGCUAGCACCGAUCCGGGCAUUCUUUGAUCAUACUAAUCAAGGACUUAAGGAGUUGUUUCGUUUUGACGACAGCAAGUUUCUCAUUAAAAAAUAUCAGAAGGAGGAAUUAGAGUCUGUACUUAGAAACUUUGGUCUGAAAUCCGAUAAGGACGUUAAAGAAGACGAUGUUUUAAAUGUGGUACGAGUACUUGAUCGAGAGUGCCGAAAAGGGAAACAGACGCAAAUGGAGGAAAUUCGUCAUUGUUCAUUUAAAGUAAUGGAAAUACUGGAGAGGAUGGAAAGGGAAUCCACCGUAAAUUUGGAUUUAAGGGAAUAUCAAUGGAUAUCUUUCAUCGACAAGAAACCAGUUCAUUAUCCUGAUAUACUACCUUGGUGGGCGGAUCAUUGCCAGUCUCCUCUAUGUACUCCGCAAGAUGUAUCCUCGAGUAAACACGAGACGCAGGCGGCAUCUGUUAAAUGUAUCGUGGACACCUCUAUCUUCCCUUGCCUUGCAAACAAAUACGGAUGGAAUAAACCUCCAGAUGCUAAGACAUGUCUUUUUCAAUUGGAAGCGGUGAGAAACGUCUUCUGUAAUAAACACAAAGCCAAGUUGAAUGGUAUUUUAAAAGACAUAUACCAACAACUGUUUGAUGAUAUCAAUUCAUUGGAUCAUGAACUAGAAUCACAGCCGAUCAUUUGUACAGGAGCGACUUUUCAUCUUCCUAGAGAUGUGUUUAUAUCUUUUCCCUUGGACGAGAACAUCCAUCUGGAGCCUUAUAUGUACAAACUUCCACUUGAAUUUGAAGAGUUCUCUAAAAUGUUUGUUGAACUAGGGUCAGUUCAAGAACUUGAAAUAAAUUCAUUGAAGUUCAUCCUUACAAUAAUUAGGACAUCAACUAGGCCGUCAACGACCGAGAAAGAUAGACAGAUGGUUGUUAAAAUUCUUAAAUUAAUAUCAAAUCUACGAGAUGCAAAUGAUAAUCUGAGUGAUGUAUUAGUACCUGUCCAAUCACAGAAUGCCAAUCUGGUAUUACAGCCGGUAAAAGAUUGUACGUACUCCGACGAGGAUUCAGGCUGGUUACAAAAUGAAGAGGAUGAUGACGUCAAUUAUGUCCAUUCCGAUGUUGGUGCUGAAUUAGCAGAAUCGCUGGGCGUUGAGUCUUUCACUCAGAGAUUUUUAUCGGACGGUGGAACAGAAGAAAUGAUUGUAGCAUGUGGACAGUCUGAACCUCUGACGACAAGACUUAAACAUUUGUUGGAAAACUACCCAGAUGGAUUAGCAGUGCUGAAGGAACUUGUUCAGAACGCAGACGAUGCCGGAGCUAAACAUAUUCAUUUUCUAUAUGACGAAAGACAGAAUAAAGAGGCGACAGUAGGCUUAAUCGACGUUAACAUGGCAAAAUGCCAGGGUCCAGCGUUUUGGGCUUUCAACGAUGCUGUUUUUACCGAACAUGACUUUGAAAACAUUGUCAAACUUGGAGGGGAAACCAAAAAAGCAACGAGAACCAAAAUUGGAAAAUUCGGGCUUGGAUUUUGCGCCGUGUACAAUAUAACAGAUGUUCCCAGUUUUGUAAGUGGAAAUUCCCUGGUAAUCUUUGAUCCUCAUACUACUCAUCUAGGGAAAGCCAUCAAAUACAAAAGUAGCCCUGGAAUACGGUUGACCAUUUCAGAAAAAAGUUCUGGUAUGCUAAAGCGAAUGAGGAACCAGUUCAUGCCAUACAACAACAUAUUUGGAUGUGAUUUGUCUGGAGACACUAAACCUCUCAAGUUUGAAGGAACGCUUUUUCGAUUUCCAUUAAGAACAAAGCAACAGGCAGUAGAGAGUGAAAUAAGAAGUACUCCUUAUUGCAAAAGUGACAUGGUACAACUUCUCCAUCUCCUUAAAAACUGUGCAGGGGAUCUGUUGACAUUUACACAGAACUUAAAGGAUAUCAAAGUAUCUCAUCUGCAAGAGGACAGCGUUAACCUACCGAAUGAUAUUAAGCUCAUGUUUAGCGUUGAAAAAGAAAUGAUCAAAAUGCAUCAUAUAUUGAACAACCCAGCAAACAUCAAUGUCAUGACGGAAGCCGAAAAUGUUUUGAGAACAAAACAACCAUUUACAAAAACUGAAAUGAUAUCACUUAAUAUGUAUACUUUAAAAAAUGAACUCCUGAAAGUCGAGGAAACCUGCUUAACGUCUUCUCCCUGGUUAGUGUCUUGGGCUUCAGGAACUAAUCAGGAUGUCCUGGAAAAAGCGAUCCAGCUGCAAAAUGAUGGGGCCUUACCACUUGGUAGUGUUGCAGUUUCUUUAAAAGAUAUAAAAUCACCAUUGGUCCCAGUGCCAUUCCCGCAUAAAGAAAAGCUGCGUGGAUUAUACGACAAGAGCCACGUUUUCUGUUUCCUUCCUUUGCCCGUCGAAUGCAAUCUUCCGGUGCAUAUAAAUGGAUGUUUUGCUGUCAGCAGUGAUCGGAAAGGCUUAGUUAAGAGCACAAGUGACGAAAAAAGCGAAACAGAGAAUCAAGUCUGGAAUAGAAUGCUUAUGUCUGAUGCAGUAUGCAAAGCGAACCUAUGUUUAUUGACAAGUCUGGAGCAUUUCGAAAUGUCUUCAGACGAAAUUUAUUCAACACUUUGGCCUUUUACUGUGGAUCAGUCAGAUGAAACAUCAUGUUUGUCAGAUGCGUUCUGUAAAGCCGUUGUUCAUGGAGAUUACCGCGUGUUUUAUACGCCACAAGGACGUCGCGCUUCAUUCAGUGAAUCCGUUUUUCUUGACAUUACAUUGCGUUAUGACAACGUUGUUGGGGAAUAUGCUUUCGAAACUUUUACAAAUUUAUAUAAAGAUGAAAGAGUUCCUAUGGAUAUGCCUCAAGCGUUACAUCGUCAAUUUUGUACAGCUGAUUGUGAAGAGGAUCUUGUGCAACAAACAAUGACCAUGAAAGAAUUUUAUGAGGACAUUGUCUUCCCUCACAUUCAGCAAAUCGAUGCAGAAAAAAGAGAUGCACUGGUGAUGCACAUAUUGAACACCGAUGACCAUUCUCUGCAAAAUUUACUGAAAUCAAAUCCAUGUAUUCCUGUUCUACCAAAUGGUAGAUUGAGACUACCGAGGGACCUCGUACGACCACGGUCAGAAGUAUCGGAGCUUUUCUGUGACGAAGACGGUCGAUUUCCUAACGACGCCAACCAGUUCUUUUGUAGCGAGAUAAACCUGAAUUUCCUUGUGCAAUUGGGUAUGAUGGAACGAGCGUUGCCAGACGAGCUUGUUGUCGAGAGAGCCCAAUCUAUUUCAAAAUUGCUUGAGCUUGAACCGGCGUUUCAUCGUUGCCGAAGGUUGCUAGCCUACCUUGCACGAGAACAAGAUAAUUGUCCAAAUGAUGUCAUACAUGAUUUAAGUACAACGGCCUUCUUGCCUAUUCUUCAGAAGCCUGGCGAUUGGCCUGUGACCUGGUUUUCAAAUGCAGAUGAAACUAGGAUGUUUUCUCCACCGAAUCAAAUGUUCUUUCCAGAGCACAUGGAACGAAUUGCGUGUUCACAUUUUAUAGUUAAUGUUGAAGAACUAAAAAACGAGUUUGAUGUUCUGAUGAUUCUUAAACGACUAGGUGUGCAACAUGAGGAGCUACAUGAAGACGUUGAGAAACAACUUGUUGAAAUUGGUAAAGUCGAUGAACACAUAUCUGACAAGCAGAAACUACGAUUGCAAGAAAUAUGCAUGUCUGUAUACAGGUACUUGGACAGCUCAUCAGAAAACAUGACUGGUUCCUACGAUGACCUUCCCAUACUGUGGAUGUCUGAUCGAUUGAUUCCUCCAAAGCGUGCCACUCUUGAGACGUUUUCUAGAAUUGACUGCACACCUGAAAUUUAUCAGGUCGUUUCACGUGAUGUUACAACAUACGAAACAUUUCUUAAACGCGUUGGUGUCAACACAUUUCUUUGCAAAGACAAUGUUAUUUUAGCGCUGGAACGGGUGGAAAUUGACCACGAUAAACCUCUAGAACUGGAGAAAGUUAUGCUGAUAGUGAAUCUAUUAGAGCUUCUAGCUGAAGUAUGUAGACGACGUGGACUUACUUUACAAUCUGACGAAAAAGCUCGUAUCCUUGUUCCAGAUGAUACAAACAGUUUGCGAUCAUUAGACGAAGUAUGUGUAGAUGAUGAUUUUCCCAUGCCGAGACAAAAAUACAUGUAUUUUGUCAACUCAAAAGUGUCGGGAGAAAUCAACAAGCUACUAGACAUUAAGUCAAAGCGAGUUAAGCACCUAAAUACUAUCAAAGGCAGUUUGCCAUUCGGACAGAAAGAGGAACUAGUGACGAGGCUGAAAGGAAUCCUCGUUGAAUAUCCUCUGGGUGAAACAAUUUUAUACGAACUGUUGCAGAAUGCAGAUGACGCAGGGGCGAAAGAAAUCAUGUUCAUUGAGGACCAGAGGCAACAUAAAACUAAGAAAGGCAUAUUUGGUGAGAGUUGGUCUGACAUUCAAGGACCGGCGUUAUGUGUUUUCAAUGACUCAUGUUUUUCUGCUGCAGAUCUAGAAGGCAUUUGCAUGCUUGGUAAAGGAACGAAAUCACAAGACCCAACAAAAACUGGGCAGUUUGGUAUUGGCUUUAAUGCAGUUUAUCACUUGACAGACGCACCCUCUUUUAUAACAAGAGGUCCAUCUACACCAAAUCAAGGAACAUUUUGUGCAUUUGACCCGCAUUGUACAUUCUGUCCAGCUGCUGAUGAUUUGAAUCCAGGACUACAACUUCCUGAUUUGACGGUACUCGAGGAGACAUACCCAGGUGUAUAUGAAUGCUAUUUACAGGCGGAGUUACCUAGGGUACAGGGUACUUGGUUUCGAUUUCCAUUACGAACCUCGAAAAUGGCAGAAAUGUCUCGUGUAUGUAAAAGAAUAAUGGGAAAAGAAUCACUACGAGAAUUACUCAGCCGAUUCCAACAAAAUAUGAAAAAGUGUCUUUUGUUUCUGAGAAAUAUCAGACAAAUUUCAUUAUGUGAAAUAGAUCGCCAAGGUAAAAUUAAAAAAAAACAUACAGUAGUGUCAACGCUGGAAGAAAACGAUGAGCAUCACCUGAAGAGGUUUUUCAGCAAAUGUGACACACUAACAAAACAACUGUUUGCUGAAUCAACGAAUCUGCUCGAAAUCCCCAAACAAACAAUUCAAUACAUCAUGACCAUAACAGAAAAUUUACGUCAUCCUGAACGUUGGAUUAUAGCUCAGACGUUUGGAUUAGACGCCGAUACGAAGGUACCAGACAGUGUAAAAGAAGCUUUGGAAUGCAGGGAAAUAAAUCUCACGCCAAAAGGUGCAGUAGCUCUACCGUGCACACCAGGGGGUAGGGACAGUCGAUAUGAAUGUGCGCAACUAGAAAUUUCCAAACCUUACGACGAUACUUCCAUAUUAUACUAUAGUGAUGGUAAAAGCCAACCAACUAUUCUUGACCGAUUUGCUUUAUCUUCGUCAACCAUUGAGAUGUUACGCUACAGCAAGGAGUCGGAUUCUAAAGGUCAAGUUUUCUGCUUUCUUCCUCUCCCUUUGAAAACUGGACUUCCCGUACACAUAAAUGGUCAUUUUGCUCUACAUCAAACACGUGGAGCAAUGUGGAAUACUGAAUCACCUAGAGGUUACUGGAACAGAUUGCUAUUAGAAACAACUAUAUCAAACAGCUAUGUCUUAGCUAUCGAAUACCUACGCGAUACAUUCCCCAGUUAUACUGAGGACGGACAAAUUGCGAACAUCGAAGACAUCAAAACUUUCUUGAAUAUGUAUCACGACUCCUUUCCGCGAUACAAUCAAGGGAAGUUUGAUCUGAUAAAAAACAUGGUUUCAUCGUUCUUUGCUAUACUGUAUGAUAGUGAGUCCACCGUUUUCCCGGUACUUCCAACGAUAGAAAAGCCAGUAUGGUGGGUUGGUCUCAAACAGAAAGAACAUGCAUUUCCUGCCUUUUUCAAUAAUCUACCGGAUGAGUUUUGGACUGAGGCACAAAUGGCCAUAAAGGAACAAAGACAACAUAAUGGAUGGCAACUUAAUCACGGAGAAGAAACCAAGCGCCUACAAGAAACCAAGCGCCUAGAACAAGCUAAAAAUAAUGCCCACCAACUCUCAUACAUCCUAAAAAAUAUUGGCGUGAAGAUUACUGAAUCGCCGCUCUGGAUCAACGAGAGUAUUCAAGAGGCAUUUCAGAACCUGCCAGAGUUGCACAUUCAAUGUGCUAUGACCCGAAAUGUUUUUAAGAAAAACCUACACAUGCUCGAUCAUACUUUUGUCAUUCGUUUCUUAAGAACAGUAGAUAUAACUGCACCAGAUGUUUGCCUGGUAAAAGAUGUAGAUCGAGACCUUACGGACACGCGAAUAAAAAACAUGGAAAACAUGCUCUGUCUGCUACUGUAUUGCCUCAAAGAUAAACAAGUCUUCAUCCAAAACAUGGAACAGUUACCCUUACUGGUAACUAAUGAUGGCAUGCUUAGGCGUUUUUCCACAACAAGCCAUGUGUUUAUAUCUCAAUUUUGUGACCUAUUGAAAACAUCGGCAAAUGAGUUCGUACACAGGGAGAUGGUCAACUUACUACAGGACAUCCAACCGGUCAGUCAGUUCUUGAAAAGUUUAGACUUAAACAGUUUUGCAAGAAUGUUACCAGACAAUGUGGAUAUGGCUCCACUGUCAGCAGAGGAACCGAUUCCAUGGGAUCAGAACGUUUUAAGUUUGAAAUGGAUGAAGGAGUUCUGGCGAUAUUUGGACACGUUGCAGCAGAUAGACGUCCAGAAGUUGGGUAAUUGGUGUCUCAUUCCAGGAGAGUGGAAACGUACCGGACAACCUGGAAUUUUAGUUCCCUGCAACAAAGAUUUUGUUCUCAUGAACGUCAAUUCGUUUGAAGAAGAACCCCUACGUACAGUGCUUGCCUCGUUACAAAUGCCAACACCACACUCAUGUAUCUGUUCCAAAACAUUGAGAAGUGUUGUAGCCUCACAAAAUGAUCCAGUGCGUUUCGUUCAAUGCCUUCAUUAUCAUAAGAAUAAGUUAAAAUGUCUCUAUCCGCUUCAAUGCACUGAGGUGUUGCAAUACUUGUCGAAAAACAUUAAAAAACUGCAUACAUCAGUGGUUUGCAAAUUAAAGAACCUCCCUUUGUUCACAACUGUCUAUGCAACAUGUGUCCAACUUCAUGAGAACGUGGACAUUUACAUUGUCGAAAUCGACAGCGAUUUCCCAACAGACGGACUCGAAGUUUUUUCAAACAACUGCAAAAUUGCUCUGUUGAAACACAAUUUUUACACAUCGGAAUUGAUGGAAUUUUUGACCUGCAAUCGUACUAUUUCAAUCACUACGUUAUACUGCAAGCUCAUUCUGCCAAACUUCCGCUAUAUCGGUCAAGUACAUCAUUUGCGUCAUUUGAAAUAUGUACGAAGCAUUCUUAAAGAUGACCCUAGCUGUCCAUUGAAAUCUGCUUUGCAGUUAGCUGAAUUCAUUUUCCAUGAAGGAUCAUUUAAACGAGCAAAUCACUUCUACAGUCCCCACAACAAAUUAUGUAAGAAACUCUGCGAUCAGUCAAUGCUGCCGCCUGAUCCGUUUGGAGAUUUGAAGUGGGAGAAGUUCAUGGUACACGCUGGUAUGAAUGAAAUUGUUACCGCUGACUUAUACUACAAAUUUGCUAAACAAAUAGAGCAAUCUGUAUUGAAGGCUGGAAUGACUGAGGAAAUCAUAGAGCAGUCUAAAGAGAUGGUCACGUUUUUGAUCAAAACAGAUGAGCUUUUAAAUAAUGAAAAGCUUUUGGAAAGGAUAAGGAAUGUUAAGUUUGUGGAACCCUGUCGUGUCAAACAAACAUUUAGGGAAAUUUAUCCGCAAUUCGGAUGUGAGACUUUGAUAUCAUUUUGUGGAUCCGCACCUCGCUCUCUUGCCCCAGUCUUGUGGACUACGAUAUCGAUCCUACCAGAUUAUGGUUAUCCUCAUAAACAACAGAUCGAGGAAAGUUUGGGAAUACUUCGUACCCCACCCUUGCGUGAUGUGUUAUCUCAUACCCACAAUGUGUGCUAUGCACUCAACAAGAAAUUAUACGAAACAAAUUCAAAACAAAGAGGUAAUUACCUUUCUGAAUCAAAUAUAACAGAACUGAUGACAGAGAUAUAUACAUAUUUACAAAACAACUGCAUUGAUACUUCUGAAACCAAACAAAUGCUUUCGGAAACACCGCUCGUACAUUUGAAGGAAAUGGGAAUAUUUGUCACCGCAAGACAAAUAUCUAUCACAUUUUGCGGAAAGAAACAGAUACCGCCAUAUCUGGUUGAGAUUCCUCUGCAUUAUGGACCUUACAAGGAACUAUUUAAAGCCGUUGGAACAACAGGAUCCGUUACACUAGGUCAGUACUCCGAUGUACUAUACCGUAUUCAGGCCGAAGUAAAAUCAGCGAUCCUGGGACCUGAGCGGAUAAAAGACGUCUUAUCUGCUCUGACAGGAUUUAUGAUGCUACUAGAGGAAGCAAGCUUGCAAAUAAUUGAAGAGUCGAUAGCCUCAGUUGAGACUUUGUAUUUACCUGCCUCGGACAAAAGUUUAGCAAAAUCAGCUGACUUAGUAUAUGCUGAUAAACAAAAGCUGAAAAAAAGAGUAACCCAAGGAAGUGAUCAUCGGAUAGUGUUCAUGCACAGUUUGAAGGACUGUCACAAAACUGAAGACCUCAUCUUGAAACUACCGGUGAGAAUAAAACCAAAAGUAUUGAGUUCCAUCAUACAGGAGCAUCUCAUAUCCGUUUCUAAUAAUGAACCGGAUACAAAGGUAGACGAUUUGCGAGUAUUUCUGGCGUCUCCGAGAUUUUUGAACGCACUUAAACAGAUAGGCAAAUUCGAGGAAUUCGACAGCUAUAGACAACGGUUGUUGAGCAUCUGUUUUGUUUCUCCGUCUGAAAUUAAAACGAUCUUGCAUGUGGAUGGUAGACCUAUUCGAGGUACAGAAGGUACUCAGGUGUGUUUUUACUCUGAGGGCGAACGAAAAUGCUAUAUUGCAGCAAGUACCCUUCAAGUUCGAAACUGGCUGAAGAAAAUUGGACAGCAACUCUGUGGAAUGCUCUCGGAUUGUUUUGAAAAACGAAUUUCCCCGGAGAAAUUUCGAGAGCUGAUUGAUUACGUUGACGACCCGACAGGAUUUAAAUUCUAUUGUGAAGGACUUUUAGACGAGGAAGAAAACGAUGACGACUCGUUGUCAUAUCAUCCGGGCCAAAUAGUACCUGUUGGCCUGCAUGCUUUACUACAGAAUGACAUCAAUCUUCUAAAGGUUGGAGAUGUAGUUGCCUAUGAAAUGUUUGACCCAGCUAUCGAUGGUGACAACGAUGAUGUGAUAUCUAAGGACGCAGCGUCUGAUGCCGUUUAUGUUUUUGUGAGAAUCGUGCAGGAACUACCACUAGCUGGUCAACAUUCGUUUCAUCAGAAAUACAAAGUGAAUUUCGGUCAGGACAACGAAAAGAUAGUUUCAGGACUGCUUUUAUACAAGGUCAUUUAUCCAGGAUCAUCCGAAACAACCGAAUUAGUACUUCAUCAAUUUGGAAACGAUGGAUCUAUACCUUGUAAUAAAGACGGCAUAUUUGACCAAAUUAUUUUCACUUUGUCGAACGCUUGGAAAUUAAAUGAUAAAGAUCGGAAACGGGUCGUUAAAAGAUUGCUUUUGGUGUGGCAUCCUGACAAAAACCGCGAUAGAGGUGAGGAAUAUGAACAAUUUUGCAACGAAGUUACUAAAUUUAUUUUUGAUAUCAUCAGACGUCUUGACAACGGUGAAUGUUUUGACAAUAAGUCUUCCGAUGCAUCGGACAAAGGCAACUUUCAUAACUGGCAUUAUGAACCGGACGGAGGCAACAGAAGACGCAGAAGAAAAUGGAACUUCGAUAACUGGCAAUAUGGCGACAGUUGUUCCAAUUCUUGGCAGAACUUUAGGGACCGGAUGUCAUCGAGGCAUACUAAAAACCAGAGCAACUUCAGGCAUUUCUUUUCACAAAGGAAGGAUUAUGUUCCUGAUCCGCAACUUUCAGAGGCACGGAGGUGGUUUCAACAAGCCCGUAUGGAUUACUCAAGCGGAGUGAGCUCUUUAGAAGCUAUCAAUUCCACAGAUGGUGAUAAUAAGACCAAGGAAGACUUUAACUGGAUUUGCUUCAAAUUCCAUCAAGCUUGUGAGAAGGCAUGCAAAGCUUACAUGUACUCUGUCGACGCAAAGAAAGUGACAAAAUGCCACUACCUGCCAAAUAUCCUCCUUAACGACGACGAGCUGGGAGAUUUGUUAAAAGAAAUAGAAAAUCUAAUCGGCAGUUACUCAAAAAUGCGUUACCCGGACGUGAUGGAGUACCCUAAUAUACCAGGAACCAUGUACACAAAAGAUCAGGCUAAUAAACUCAUGAAAUUAGCUGAAAAAGUGAUGGAAGGGAUAAAAGACCGAUUAAAGACCCUCCAAUCCCCCUUCUGAAUAAAUCAUGUGUAAAAUCGCGUUCAGUUUGGCAAGUUCUCAACAAACUUUGCAAUUUGUGAUUGAAAUCAAUGGAAGAACGCCGUAUAUGAAUAAAUAAGAAAUCACUGUUAUCAAGAUUUUGCAAUUUUUGAAUAUACUUUACCUGAAGUUAGUAACAUAUUUGUUGGCAUAACGUUUAAUACGUAGAUACCAUUUGCCUUAAGUCGCAUGAACAGUUAUGCCAUUCUGUAAUACGAACAAAUGAUGCCAUUCUGUAAUGCGAACAAAUGAUGCAACUGCUUUAUAGUUUACAAUGUAAAUAAUACAAAUAACUUAUCAGUAUAUCAUGUCCCUAUUAUAGUGUAGAUAAUUUCAUGUAUUAAACUAGUGUAAAUAAUACAAAUAACUUAUCUGUAUAUCAUGUCCCUAUUAUAGUGUAGAUAGUUUCAUGUAUUAAACUGGUGUAAAUAAUACAAAUAACUUAUCUGUAUAUCAUGUCCCUAUUAUAGUGUAGAUAAUUUCAUGUAUUAAACUGGUGUAAAUAAUACAAAUAACUUAUCUGUAUAUCAUGUCCCUAUUAUAGUGUAGAUAGUUUCAUGUAUUAAACUGGUGUAAAUAAUACAAAUAACUUAUCUGUAUAUCAUGUCCCUAUUAUAGUGUAGAUAAUUUCAUGUAUUAAACUGGUGUAAAUAAUACAAAUAACUUAUCUGUAUAUCAUGUCCCUAUUAUAGUGUAGAUAGUUUCAUGUAUUAAACUGGUGUAAAUAAUACAAAUAACUUAUCUGUAUAUCAUGUCCCUAUUAUAGUGUAGAUAAUUUCAUGUAUUAAACUGGUGUAAAUAAUACAAAUAACUUAUCUGUAUAUCAUGUCCCUAUUAUAGUGUAGAUAGUUUCAUGUAUUAAACUGGUGUAAAUAAUACAAUAACUUA